AGCUGCCAGGGGCUGAGGCUCAGUCUGUGCAAUAAGUCAGCAGGCUCCACGGCUGAAGUGUCACUCAAUCUGCGGUCAGCUGACUCGGCUCAGCGAGCUGCUGACAGGCUGCGGCGCGGGGAAGUCUGUGGUCAGCUGACUGCGCUCCGAGAUCAGCUGAUGGCCUCCAGCCCUGGCGUGGGUGAGGGGUCCCGUGCCCGGCGUUGCAGAAACAGCAGGAAACCAUGAGGUUCCGGUUCUGUGGAGACUUGGACUGUCCCGACUGGGUCCUGGCCGAAAUCAGCACCUUGGCCAAAAUAUCCUCGGUGAAGCUGAAGCUCAUCUGUGGCCAGGUGCUCAAGGACCUGCAGGGCGAGGGGAUUGAUUAUGAAAAGAUCCUGAAGCUAACAUCGGAUGCCAAAUUUGAGUCUGGGGAUGUGAAGGCCACUAUUGCCGUGCUCAGCUUCAUCCUCUCCAGCGCGGCCAAACACAGCGUAGACAGCGAAUCUCUGUCCAGCGAGCUGCAACAGCUGGGGCUGCCCAAAGAACAUGCCACGGGAUUGUGCCGGUCCUAUGAGGAGAAACAGAGCCCCCUACAGGACAGCCUGAGGGCACGCAGCCUGAGAUUGAACCGUCUGGACUCUGUGUCCUGGAGGGUGGAUCACACACUCAGCUCCAGCGAGCUCCAGCAGGUCAACGAGCCCCUUGUGCACCUGAAGUUCACCGUGCGAGACUGGGACCGAGGCGGGACGGAGGCCUUUGCCAUGACCAUGUCGGCAGAGAAGUUCCGUGUCUUACUGGCAGAGCUGAGACAGGCCCACGCCAUGAUGAAAACUCUCAGCUGAGGAGGGCAGCGAGCGUGGAAGGAGCCAGCUGAUUGUGCAGCGGCCCGUCGGAGAGUCUGGUGGGUGCGGUUCCUCCGCUGGGGAAGCCCCUCGCUGCACACAGCCGCAGACACUGCCUGGGCAGAGGUUGGACUGGGCUCUCUCCUCCCUUCUCAGACCACUGCAGCUGAAACUGACGACUGCUCUUCCCACUAUUCCUGGCUGCUAUCUCCCCCGCCCACCUCUCUUGCUCUGGAGUCUCCUGCCUGCCCCUCCUCCAUCCUGCCCAUAAACCCGUGUGCUUCCAGAACCCCCACCCUAGGAUCCAUCCCCAGAGCAAUGGUGGAUGGAGGGGUUGGUGGCUUCUGCAUCUGCUAACGAGAUCUCCAGCUCGAGACCAUCUUCAGCUCGGAGUUCCCAUAACAAAGGUGUCCAAACCCUUGGGCCAUGCCACUGUGUUACACACACACUUCUGGAGAAUACCCAGGCCUGCCGGCCGGAGGCUAGUUUAACACUGAAAGACCCUGAAAUCCUCUGCCCAGCCCUUUGUUGGUGGCUCUGUUCCUGAACAGCUGCAGGGAGCUGAUCCUCCCUUUUGCUUCUGCCUGAAUUGUCUCCUGUGGCUACUCCAGGGCAGGUGAGCGGGCUCCCAUGUCUCCUCUGGAGACGUAGCGCGCUGCAGCCCACCAAACGCUGCAGCUCGGCCAGCUCCACAUCACCUGUUGACUGAACUCCUGCAGCAAUCCAGGAUGCCUGUGGCUGGGGCAACUCUCCCAGUCGUACAUAAGAGGUUGGGAAGUUUCACCAGCUGAAGCAGAUGGAGCGUUCUCUAGUCCCUUCUUGCUCCCCUGCAUCCCUCCCCUCAAAAGCACUUUGCCGCUGUUCUUUCCACUUCCUCUAAAGGAGCCUCUUGCCUGUUGGGGGAUAAAUGCAGCUUUUCUAUCUUUCCUUCCACCCCGCACACCUACCACCUUUUCCAGGGCAGCUCAGUGCAUGGAAUAAAGGAUCAGCAGGAACGUGCAUCUGCGAAUCUCUCCAUGUGUUUACGGUUGGCCUUGGCACGUGAAGCCAGUUAUUUGUAAUGUUUCCUGUUUUGCCAGCGGGAUCCAGUAAAGCCACGUGGUUAACAAAGGCAGCGCCCCACAGGAGCGUUUUUGAUUUGCACUGCUGCCUCCCUCGUUACCCCUGUGCCCUCAUUUCUGAAACCCUCAUGAGAUGGGGAACAGAGACUUGUCUUUAAAUAACUGGAGUAAAUCUUUCGUAUUUGAAUGGGAGGGACUGAUGCCACAGGCAAAAUUAAUCACACCGGCAGGUGCCCACCCCCUGCAGCUCUGUCAAUGUCUCUCCAUCCCACAUAUACCCUCCCCACUCCUUCAGUCCUGACCUUUGUAGAAACCAGAGCCAGCGUAGGCAAAGUCCAUAAACUAUUCGCUCACCCCAGCCUUGUCUUGUAGCAACCCUGGCUAGUCCAGCCGUUGCCCCAGGCACAGCUCUGGUAACACAGCCAUCAAGGGACCAGUUGGGUUUUGGUAACUUCAUUUAAAUUGUGUUCCGUUUACAUUGGCCCCUGCCACUGGUGCCCUAUUGUGCUAACCCCCUUUCCUGGCUACAGCUCAGGGCUCUGAUUUACAGGAACGUCACAGCUUGGGGAUGAUGCAGUUGCUGCUUUAGUGCAAAGCCCGUGUAGCCCUGAGGCGGUGAAGUGGGUAACCAUUUUAACUGCAGCCUUUGAACUACAUUUGGUAAAUUGCUGCUGAACAGCAACGGACCAGGGCAGCCCUGUAUUGUUAAGAAUAAGGCCGUGUUCCAUUAAUUGAAAGGCAGUACAGUUAAAAUGGUACCCGAAAUUGUUUCGUUUCUAAGGCCAAAUGUGGUAUCCCUUUAUAACAUUUUCUUCUUGGAGGGAGGGGAGAAAGCCAUUUUGGUAUUUUUAAUCCCCAUUUUCUUGUCUUGACUUACACUUCUGCCUCUUCCAUCGUCUCUUGGUGGUUGGUUUGUCCAUCACAGGCAGCAUGGUCUGGGGAGGUAAACCAGAGUGGCAGGAGUUUUGGAUUCUAUUCCUGGCUCUGACACUGAUUCUGUAUUCUCAAGCAAAUAGCUCUGCCUGUCUGUGCAUCAGUUUCCCCAUCUGCAAUUGUGGGAAACCAGCACUGCCAACCCCAAGUGUUCACAUAUCAUGAAUCAGUCCCCCAAAACCAUGAGAUUGGCUCAAAAAUAAUACAUCUUGGGGUUUUAUUUUUUUCUGCUUUUUGAGCCUUAAGGGUUCCUGUUUUCGCUUAUUGUUUCAGCAACCAUGAGGGUUAGAAAUGUACUUUGUCAGGUGUUUUGUUUUGUUUUAUUUAAAUGAAAGCUGUGAAUCACAUGAUUCCAGGAGCUGGGGCUUUAAGAGUGUAUCAUGAGAGCCGGCAACACUGAGUGUGAGGUGGUAUGGCCUCCCUCCGACCCAGAAGGGGAGGAACCACCCUCUGUGUCCAGAGCCAGACCCAUCUCAUCCCUCUCAUCGGAAGUGGAUAGGCAGGACAGGAAGUAUAUAAGGUGAAGCAUCCAGCUCAGUUGGGGCUGAGACAGCAAGGGAGACAGAUGCAUACUGCUCUCUCCAGUCUGCUGGCUUCGCUGCCAAGCCAAGAAACACCCUGUUCCUGGAGGAACCUGUGUCAGCAAAGGAGCUAUCGGGACUGAUGCUGGCCACCUGCCUCAGGGGAGACGGAGGACAGCCACUGAUCCAGGUACACCCCGAUGGGAAGGUAGGAAGUGGCCUAGGGGCAGCCAACUCCAGUCUGGCUGUAGUGCUGCCCGAAACACGGUUAGCGGGUUGCAGUGGGAUUCCCCGCUGCCCCAGGGACUGAACACUCCGCCACUGUUAGGGCCCUGGGCUGGGACCCGGUGGAGUCAGAUGGACCCAGGUCCCCCUACCCACUGCCACCCCACCUCUGGGGUGUCAACCUCCUCACUGGUGGCCAGGUGGCCAUUGUUAGCCUACCCUCCGCCAAAGCUAGGACACUUGACUAUUCACUGCCCUGCCUUAGGGCUGGAGUUUUGGACCGUUUGGUGCCAUGCCCUGUUUGAGGCCUGGACCCCUAAACCUUUGUUGCUAUUCCCGGGCCGGAGCUCAUAGACUCCCUGUUUGCUCUGCCCGGGCCUGAGGGCCGGUGCCUAUAGACUGGCUGGGGUUUUGCCCAUUAAGGUGGUUGGGACACUAACGCCUGCGCUCCUAAUUCCCCUGAGACUAGGCAGUGAUCCCAGUGACGUAGUAAGGGGGGGUGGCCUGCCUCCGAUCCAGAAGGGGAGGGAUGACCGCAACCCCACUACAGAGACUAAUGCUUACUCCCCUUGGAAAAGUGCUUUGAGCUGUUUGGCUGAAAGAUGCUACAGAAAUGGAAUAUAAACUAACCCAUCUCGGCCUGCCUGUUCAUCUCAGUAGGAUUAGCCCAGUGUGUCGAACAGCAGGCCGGGUCCCUGUUUUAGCAAAGGAGAGGGGUUGCUGUCAGACAAACUCAGUGAUGCUGUCAGACAAACUCAGUGAUGAGGGAUAGUUUAAAACCAGCCCAGUUUCUGAACAUCCAACAUCCGCAUUAUUUUACACUACGUAAAAGAGGGAGGGCAUGGGUGUGGCAAGGUCUUUUCUGUUUUGGUUGUAUGGGGGACUCUAACUAUGGUACACCUCCUUGGCUUCACCACCUCCUGGGACGGACCUCGGAACCUUCAGCACCCCUGUUUCACGCCAUGAGCUGCCCACAGCGAAUCCACCCGAAUACGACACCUGGGGAAGCCUUACACAGACCCCGAAGGCGAGCCAGGUACCCCCGACUUCCUCAGUCAGCAGUGAGUCUCAGCCAGUGUUGUAAAACAGAAGGGUUUAUUAGGUGUCUGGACCACAGCGUAGUAAAGUUCUUUGUUAGUACAGGAAGUUACAGCCAAGUCUGGGUGAAUCCGGACUCCAGAGGCCCUCUCCCCUCUGACUUACCCUGACCCAGUCCUGAAAACAUGUGUCCAGCAGCCCACGCCCCACACGUCCACUCCCCCUCAGUCUCUUGUUCCCACUUUGUCAUAUUCAUUACAUGAUCCAAACAUGAGAAAGUUUGAUCGUCUGGUUGUGUAUUAGUUGCAGUGACUGGCUGUGGUUGGUUUGGAAGCCUUGAGUCAUCUUUGUGUUCUGCAUCUGCCAGCUGUAGAGUUUGCUGUGUUGAUUGAUUGUUUUCAAAACAAACUCUACAGCUGGCAGAUGCAGAACACAAAGAUGACUCAAGGCUUCCAAACCAACCACAGCCAGUCGUUGCAAUGAGUGUGAGAAAGUGGGAUUUUUUUUUUUUUUUUUUUUUUACAAUAGCUGGAGUUGUCCGUCUUGUUCUGACACAAACAUGGUCACCAGGUUCUAUAUCUGGCAGUUCUCUAAAUGGUUAUGUCUGUUGUAAAAGUGCAAGGUCUUUUAGCCGUUUUAUCUGUUUUGGUUACUUUCUCCAUGUCUGGCCACUUUGGAGACUAGAAAAUAACGUAAGUCAGCUCAUUAGUUCUGAGUUGUCUUCCCAUCAGAAAUUGUACUGGACUAGACCCAUUAGGUGUUGAUCAGGAGCUCAGAAGAGCAAGGAAUGGAUCUUCCUGCUGUAGGAUUUUCUCAGCUGUCUGUACAGCUCUCUCAGCCUCUCCAUUCGCUUGUGGGUAAUGUGGGUUGCUAGUAAUACGGUCAAAAUCAUAUUUCAUUUGGAAUGACUUAAAUUCUGCUGCAGGGAAUUGUGGUCUGUUGUCUGUCAUUAGUUGUUCUGGAAGUGAGCAAAAGUGCAUUUCAGUUUCUCGAUUACACUGCAACAUGGUAUGUCCUUCAUGGGUGAGGUUUAGGAUUUCUCCUCUCAUUUCAUUUGGAAUUACAACACAAUCGCCUUGAGUCAUGUGUCCAUUUGACUCGCUUAAUUGUCCAUGUACUGCAAAGCAGUCUCUUCUCACUUCCGUAGUGUUCUUUAGAUAUUUGGGCCAGCUGGCCCUUAUGUAACUUAGAACUUCUUGAAGUUGCAUGUCUGUCAGGGUUGCCUGUUGUAGCUGGUGUUGUCUCUUUUCUGACACUGGUCUGUAUGCAUUUACAUCAGUGGUUCUCAGCCAGGGGUAUGCAUACCCCUAAGGGUGCGCAGAGGUCUUCCGGGGGUCCAUCAACUCAUCUAGAUAAUUGCCUAGUUUUACAACAGGAUACAGAAAAAGCACCAGCGAAGUCAGUACAAACUAAAAAUUCAUCCAGACAAUGACUUUUUUAUACUGCUCUAUCUACUGUACACUGAAAUGUAAGGACAAUAUUUAUAUUAGAAUUAUAUGGUAAAAAUGAGAAAGGAAGCAAUUUGUCAGCAGUAGUGUGCUGUGUCACUUUUUUUUGUAUUUUUAUGUCUGAUUUUGUAACCAAGUAGUUUUUAAAUGACGUGAAACUUGGGGUGCACAAGACAAAUCAGACUCCUGAAAGGGGAACAGUAGUCUGGAGAGGUUGAGAGCCAUUGAUCUACAGUAUCCAUAUAUAUCUUUACAUCAUCUUUAAGCUCAUGUGCAGCUGAGUGUGAUUGGGCUCUAUGGCAGAGUGCCUGCUACCACCAGAUUUCCCCCCCAGAAACAUAUUUAGUAGUGGGGUUAAAUUACAUUAACUUUCUCAAUAGACCAGGGGCUGCACUGUGGGGGGGGGGGGAGCUUGCGGGGCUAUAGUCACCCCAACAUUUGCCUUAGGCCCCCCUCCCCCAUAGUCACCUCUCUCAGUUGCUGGCGGUGGCACUGCCUUCGGAGCGGAGCACCCAGCCAGCAGCCGCCGCUCUCCAGCCACCCAGCUCUGAAGGCAGCGCAGAGCGAGCUGUGGCUGCCGGCCAGGUUCCCCUCAGCAGACACACUCGCAUCUCCCUCCCCAGAUUCGCUCGCUCUCAUUUUCCACCAGCCACUCGCGGCUGUCUGCAAACAGGCAUCAUCAGUGCCAGAGCUCUCCUGCCACCAUAAUUAAACCACCCCUAACGAGCAGUGGUAGCAUCUCCCACUGACAUAGUGCUGUCCACACCAGUGCUUUUAUCCGUUAGGGAUGUGGGGUUUUUUCCACACCCCUGGCUGACAAAAGUUUUACCAACAAAAGUGCCAGUAUAAACAUAGCCUUAUUCAUGAUUUCAGCUUAUGUUUAUAACUUCACCUGUAACGCUGCUACGCGCAUUUUGUUAUAUUAUUGAUCAGCAAAUUAUGAGUUUUUUUUCCAAUGAUGCCUCACAAGGCGUACCUUCUACAGACAUUAUUACAGUAGUGUGUAGGCUGUGAACACAUGGGUAUAUUCUGUCCCAAUUACCCUCCUUUAAUCUACAGGAGCUAAAAUUCAGAGGGAUCUUGAUAAAUUGGAGAAUUGGACAACAAAGAGAGCCAAUAUCUCACUCCUGAGGAUAAGCAAGGAAACUCAGGAAUUAGCUGGAUGGCCCCGCAACAGUGCAUCUUGUGAAGGAAUGAUGCCAUGAGCACCAUCUGGUUCCCGAGCUGGGAGGCAAUAGCCGUUUGCUUCCCAAGAGUGGGGAAACCAUGAGCUGCUUCCUUGUUUUGGACCCAAGGGAGAGAAGCCCAGAGCUCAUAGAUUUAAGGCCAGAAGGGACCAUUUUGAUCAUCUAGUCUGACCUCCUGUAUAGCACGGGCCAGAGAAAUUCCUGAAAUAAUUCCUAGAUCAAUCUUUUUGAAAAACAUCCCAUCUUGAGUUAAAAAUUGUCAGUGAUGGAGAAUCCACCAUGACCCUUGGUAAGUUGUUCCAAUGGUUAAUGACUCUCACUGUUAAAAUGUACACUGUAUUUCCGUCUGAAUUUGUCUAGCUUCAGCUUCCAGCCAUUGGCUCAUGUUUGACCUUUGUCUGCUGAAUUGAAGAGCUGAUUAUUAAAUAUUUGUUCCCCAUGUAGGUACUUAUGGACUUUGAUCAACUCACCCCUUAACCGUCUCUUUGUUAAGCUAAAUAGAUAGACUCAAAGAGGUCAAUCACUAGAAGGCAGGUUUUCCAAUCAUUUAAUCAUUCUUGUGGCUCAUCUCUGAACCCCUCUCCAUUUUAUCCACCUCCUCCUGGAAUUGUGGGCACCAGACCUGGACACAGGAUCCCAGCACAAGUAGCACCAGUACCAAAGACAGAGGCAAAAUAAUCUACUACUUGACAUUCCCCUGUUUAUGCACGCUAAGAUCCCAUUGGCUCUUUUGGCAAUAUCAUCACACUAAGAGCUCAUGUUCAGCUGAUUAUCCACCAUGACCCCAAAUCUUUUUCAGGGUCUCUGCUUCCCAGGAUAAAGUCCCCAUCCUGUACGUAUGGCCUGUAUUCUUUGUCCCUAGGUGUGUCCAUUUAUAUUUAUCCAUCAGGUUCCUGAGCUGGGAAAGUGUGACCCUAUGCACCCCUUUAUUCACACCCUACACACUAGUGUAAUGAUAACUGUAUAAAAUACGCCUUUUGAGCUAUCAUUUGAAAACUAUUAAUGUACUGGUGAAUAAUAUCAUUGUAAAAUAUAUGUAACAACAUUUAGACACAACAGAUCUUGCAUCUUGGAGGGGAUUAGACUACAUGACCCUUGUAGUCCCUUCUAACCCUAUGGUUCUAUAUGUGAAGUUAUAAAUUCUCUCAGUGUGAUGUAACUGGAACAUAUCUAAAGCCAGAUAGCCUAGCCUAGGUAAAGGGAAUAAACAGGUUUAUCCUAGACAAAAGAAUGUGGGUUUACCCUAAUGUAUAUUUUAGCAGUAAACAAAGACAUCAAGCUAAACCAGUGGGGCUAUUCUGAGUCUGAAGCCAAGAGCCAGAGAAUUAAUAUGGCUCCUGCACCCCAGAGAGACACAGGAGACUGAAUCCCCAGGAGACCUUCCUGCCUUUUAGGACAAAGACAAUUCCUUUGGGGAUAUAAGGGACAGAGAGAGAUCUGUCUUUAGCCUCCUCCUGAGGAGACAAAGGAACCAGGCACUUUGUGCUCCGUGUAUGGGGUCCUGGCCAGAGGGUCUGAUCAGCCAUGCUAGACAAAGACCGAUGGUGAGAAAAUUACCUAGAGCAAAAUCUGUCGCUUGUUAAGUUAGGUCUUAGUCAUCAGAAAGUGUAUUUUUACUUGUCUUUGAUUGUAACCCGUUCUACCUUCAGUCCCUCCUGCAUGGUAUCAUUUAACCUAUGUCCUUUUGUUAAUAAACAUGCUCUAUUUUGACUGUAA